AAAACAAGUGUCAUACUGUCACCUGUCGCUGUUAUUUUAGGGCACAGCCAUAUUUUUGCAUUUUCCAAUUUUUCCAAAGAAAAACUUUAUUACAAAUAAAGCAGCGCAGAAAUGGCCGGAGACAAAGUCAGCACAAUCGCUAAACCCAACCUCCGAGGGAUGCUCAGGAUUCAGAUCAGAAAUAACUUGAUCGUAGCUCUAGUUAUGUGCACUGUAGCUGCUACAGCACAAAAAGUAUUCUACAAUGACAAAAAGAAGGAAACCUAUGCUAAUUUCUACAAGAACUAUGAUGUCAACAAGGAAUUUGAAAAGAUGAGGGCAAAAGGACUAUUCGACUCCUGUUAAACAAAUCAUCCCACUCGGAAUAGAAUAAAUGUAGAUCUUAAAUGUUAAGCUGUAUCGAAUCCAAAAUAAAAUUGUUCCAUACAAUUAUUAAAAUGUAUUUAAUUCAGAGUGCGGGGCGACCUUUAUUCGCCAUGUCGUGAAAAGGGCCU